AUGGAAAUAAGAUUUGAUGAGUUCCCAGAUGACGCUCGAUUCAUACGUAACCAUGCUUACGCCGCCAUUGAAUCAUACCUCAGUUCGAAGUUCACUGAUCAAGUAUCUAGACUCAAAGGUGAGCUUUCCAAGAAAAGUAAAUCUCUUUUACUUGCCAUGGAUGAAAGUGAAGCUGUUGUUGAUGUUUUUGAUCGGAUCAAGGUUAAGUGGAUAUCAGCUUCUGUUACGCCUAAAACCAAGUCUAUUUCUUUCCGUCCUGUUCACUCCAGGAGAUAUUACGUUCUCAUAUUUCAUCCUAAGUAUAGAAGUAAAGUUCUUGAUGAGUACUUAAACUAUGUGAUUGAAGAAGGUAAGGAGGUCGGGGUCAGGAAUCGCAAGCGAAAGCUUUACACCAAUAAUCCAAGUAAUGAUUGGUGGGACUACAGGUAUAAUUUAUGGAGCCACGUGGUUUUCGAACAUCCAGCAAGAUUUGAGACACUUGCAAUGAAUCCAACGAAGAAGCAAGAGCUUAUAAAUGACCUUAUCACAUUCACGAAUGGAAAGGAGUAUUAUGCAAAGACUGGUAAAGCUUGGAAGCGUGGCUACCUUCUUUAUGGACCGCCUGGAACUGGUAAAUCUAGCAUGAUUGCUGCUAUUGCUAAUUUCUUGAGCUAUAAUGUUUAUGAUAUCGAGUUGACAGCAGUUGCUGAUAAUACUGAGUUAAGAAAGCUUUUGACUGAUAUAUCAAGUAAGUCAGUGGUUGUAAUUGAAGAUAUUGAUUGUUCGCUUGAUCUUACUGGACAAAGAAAGAAAAAAGAUGACAAUAAGAAGAAAGAUCCAUUAGAAAACCUGGAAAAGAAUAAUGACUCGAAUCAUCAAGAUGAUGGUAAGAAAGAGGUGACUCUGUCAGGACUAUUGAAUUUUAUUGAUGGACUUUGGUCGGCUAGUGGGGGUGAAAGAAUCAUUAUUUUUACCACAAAUCAUAAGGAAAAACUUGAUCCUGCCCUUAUACGAAGUGGGAGAAUGGAUCACCAUAUUGAAUUGUCAUAUUGUAAAAUCGAGGCAUUCAAGAUUUUAGCCAAGAAUUACUUGAAUAUCGAUUCGCAUGUUUUGUUCGAUAAGAUUGGUCAACUGUUAGAAGAAGUGGAUAUGACUCCUGCUGAUGUUGUGGAGUUCUUAAUGCCAAAGUCUAUAGAAGGAGCUGAUGCUGAUGGUAACUUGAAGAAUUUGAUACAAGGUAUUGAGAAUAAAAGAAAAGAGGAAGCAAAGCAGAAAGCUGAAGCUGAAGCAGAAGCAGCCAAGGAAAAGGCAAAUUAUCGUGCUUUAAAACUAGCCAGGAGUUUGAAAUUGUUCAAGAAAAAAAUCUACUAGUAAGCAGUAUUUCAAGAGGAUUGUAAGGGAACAUUUAUUAUUUUAUUAGACUCUAAUGAAUAAAAAGAAUUUGUACCA